AUAUUAAUACUAUCAACAAUAACAUUAAUCAUUUUUAUUAUUACAAUUGUAGUAAUAAUAUUAGCCACUUUAUUAUCAAAAAAAACUUUAUUAGAUCGAGAAAAAUGUUCUCCAUUUGAAUGUGGGUUUGAUCCAAUAAAUUCCUCACGAUUACCUUUUUCAUUACGAUUUUUUUUAAUUGCUAUUAUUUUUUUAAUUUUCGAUGUAGAAAUUGCUCUUUUAUUACCUAUAAUUAUAAUUAUUAAAACAUCAAAUUUAAUAAAUUGAACUAUUACUAGAUUAUUUUUUAUUUUCAUUUUAUUAAUUGGCUUAUACCAUGAAUGAAACCAAGGAGCUUUAGAAUGAAAUGAAUAA